AUGCCUGACAUUGCCCACCGGCGCGUCUUCUCGGCGAUGACAUCCUCCUCCCCUAGCCCUCAGUACCAAAAACAGAUUGAAGAUCUUGGUGUCUUCGAUGAAGAGUCCUGUCGAUACUUCCUGCGCGAAGUCGGCACAAGAGUCGUUCCUUUCUACCCUUUCUCCUUCGGUAUGGAAGAGGUGUACAGCCUGAUACUGGAAAAGUAUGGUUAUGCUGGGUUGCCGGAUGUCACCAGCGUUCUUCAAGAUCUCCUUGAAAGUGAAGGUGAUGCAGGCGGAAUGGGAGAUGACGGUGACAUUUGGCGCUCCUGGCGUCACAGCUGGAGACACCGAAAUGAUGACUCUCUCAACCCAUUCAUUCCCAAAGUUGGAAACUUCGUCCUUCAACCUCCGACACAACCACACAUUCGACGUUUGAAGGCACAAAACUUCAUUUACAAGGUCGAAAGAUGCAAUUCUUCGCGUGCGAAAAGAGCACCACUGGCAGAGGUAUCUGGCAACAGAACAGCUCCGAACCCUUCUGUUACGACUGAGGUCAAGAGCGAGACCGUCGAUGAUGAAGAAUCGUACGAGCUGCCAGCAACGACUUACUCUCACCAGAGGUGCCGAGCACUGUUAGCAUCCGAACGCGGCUCGCCGUCGUCCAAAUUUGUCGGAGGCGCUACAGCAAACGUCACAAGACAAUCCGAUGUGACAGAACAAUCCUCGCAACAGGAGUUUGUCGAAGUCAGCGAAGCUCCCUUGGAGAACGAGAUCGAUCCCGCGCUCUUGCUUGCUUUCCAGAUGCUGAACGGAAAUCAGUCGUCUCCUACCUCAGAGCAGCCCUCACUGAGAGGUGGGCAAGGCGACAUAUGUAGACUUAAACAAGUCGAAACAUCGCCAAUAUCGCUUCGCACAAAUGAAGAAGAGUAUACGCCUGUUCCCAAAGAUUCAUCACUAGAAAGCAGUCAGCGACAGGUCGAAAUAUCACCGACGUCGCCAUGCACAACUGGAGAAGAGCAUACAACUAUCCACAAAGAUUCAUCACCAGAGAGCAAUCGGCGACAAGAGAUCAUGAUCGAUCAAACGUCUCCUCGUACUUCCAACAUCACGAACCCAGAGAUUCUGGACAGUCUAGAAAAGACAAAGUCAACAGAUGUUCCAAGUCAGCCAAACGAUCACAGACCUUGUGCCAGAGUCAUCUCCAACAGCCAAGAACCAAGCAAGCUGAGGCGCGCAAAGAAUCGAGAAGCCAGAUUGAUUGAUGGCAACAUCAUUCUUCCAGGACAUCGUAAGAGGCUGUCAUCACAACGGGAUUCGCCACCUGAGAAUGUGAAUAUCGGUGCAAACGUGGAUGAGACAAGAACACAAGUGGCCCGUCGAAGCUGGACACCGUCUCGGCAGAAACAUGAGUCGCCGCGCCACAGUUGGCUCCAAUCUGUCCGCACCAUUUUUCGAUCUGGCAGCCAAGGAAAGAACAAUGCCAAGUCACCAUCCCGCAAGCCUACCAGUCCAAAAGGACCAUCAAAAGGUGCUCAUACUCAAGCUCAAGAGCCAGCUGCUGCUGCUGCUGGGAGGGCGAGGAAUUCAAAUUCUCAGGGUCAUCAUUCGCCCGUUGCUGCUGCAACUCCACCUCCACCUCCACCUCCACCUUCCUUCUCACAUCCACAAGGCCUCGAUGGUGCUCUUGAUAGCAAGUAUUGGGCUCGCCGACGCUAUUCUCUGCCGCUCAGGAGGCUUUCAUUGAACCUCAAGAAACGUUCUGCCAGUUGAUCGUCCUAGAGAGACUGUCAAAUCCUGAACUAGGAACAGAAACCGGUCCCCUAAUCAGACACGAAACCUUGCUCAACCCACAACCCACAACCCAAAUGUCGAAUCACUGUCCCCAUCUACCGUGCCGCGAACCUGAUGCAGAUGUCGAAAGCUAGUCGCCAUCGGAAAAACACCACGAGCUGAAGAGAUGAAUUGUCGAGAGUUAUGAUCAUGAUGCAGG